GCUUCUUGGAUCACAGGUUCGGCGUCCCCGGCACGCGUUUCGACGCCGAAAUCCAAUUAAAAAUCGGAUUUUUCGGGAAUUUGCUCUGUUACCUUUCUCGAUAAAUCCAUCGCCUUGCCGGUGCGAAGAAUUGAGUCGGUGAAGAAUCGUAUCGUGUUGGGGCAGCGAUGGCGGCAGAGCUCUACGAACUCCACAAUGGCACCAUCACCGUCAAACUAACCAAUUUCGGCGCUACCAUCACGUCCCUCCUCGUUCCCGAUGCCAAUGGCAAGCUCGCGGAUGUGGUGCUUGGGUUCGAUACCGUCGAGCCGUAUCAAAAAGGUCUUUCUCCGUACUUUGGCUGUAUUGUUGGACGCGUAGCAAACAGAAUCAAAGAUGGAAAAUUUGCACUCAAUGGGGCGGAUUAUUCCUUGUACAUCAAUAAUCCACCAAACAGCCUUCAUGGUGGGAAGAUAGGAUUCGACAAGGUGCUGUGGGAGGUCACCGAAUAUAACAAUAAUAUGUUUCCUUCAAUUACCUUCGAGUACCAAAGCAAGGAUGGAGAGGAAGGUUACCCUGGAGAUCUUUCUGUCACUGCUAAGUAUUCCCUUCCUUCGAGUACAUCCCUGAAACUUGAAAUGGAAGCUGUGCCUCUUAACAAAGCCACUCCAGUCAACUUAGCUCAACACACUUACUGGAAUUUAGCUGGGCAUAACUCGGGAAAUAUUCUUGAUCACUCAAUUCAGAUACUGGCAUCUCAUCUGACCCCUGUUGAUAAAAACUUGAUCCCAACAGGGGAAAUUAUGCCAGUUAGCGGUACCUGCUUUGAUUUUACGACAGAAAAAAAGAUAGGCAGCAGAAUCCACGAACUUCAAGUUGGGUAUGAUCACAAUUAUGUGCUGGACUGUGGUGAGGAGAGAUCUGGCUUGAAGCAUGCAGCUAAAGUAAAAGAUCCUUCAGGCUCAAGGGUUCUUGAUUUAUGGACUGAUGCAUCCGGUAUGCAGUUCUAUACUGGCAACUAUGUAGAUGGUGUUGUUGGGAAAGGAGGUGCAGUAUAUGGGAAGCAUGCAGCGUUAUGCCUGGAGACACAGGGAUUUCCAAAUGCCAUUAACCAACCAAACUUUCCAUCUGUAGUGGUUCAACCUGGUGAGAAGUACAGGCACACAAUGCUGUUCGAGUUCUCCACCUGACUGAUAUCAUCGGUCUUCUUGUUUUACUCUUUCCCUUUCGGAGGAGUUGAUCAUCCAAGUAAUAACAUGUACAAAAUAACUCAAGGAACAUGAGGCACUUCAUCUAGUGUUAAUUUUAUCCUUUUGGCUUUGUUUUCUUUUCA